GCCAGCCUUCAGCCGCAAACAUAAAUUAUCGACCAGCACCACGGUCCAUUCUGUUGGACCUUGGGGUUAUAAUUGACAAUGUCUACUUGUGUCGUUUGAACAGGUAGCCUCUCUGCUCAACAUUGGAUCUCUCCCAUAUCCAUCCUGCCCCGCAGUAUAUCCCCAGGGUGACUCCGCGGCCUCGAGCUUUCAAAGCUAUCAUCGGGAGGUCUGAAAUAUUUUCUCCCGAUGUUAAACCCGAAACAACAAGAUGGCGAACGCGAGGGAUGGGCCGAAAGCUGGCGGGAAACCGCGCAGAGACGUAUUGGCUUCACUCAAGAUGGCCUCAAUGGAGGAGAUCUCCCGGGCUGCCCUUCCAGCAGAGAUCAUGUCCUCUAUUCUCGAUUACCUUUCGCCCGUCGAUCUGAUCCGUGCCGCACGGUCUUCGAAACUCCUGCGCGAAAUGGCCUACGAUGAUACAAGAUGGGUGCAAAAACUGAAACGCAUGGGAUGCUGGAAUGAGUUUGAAGCUCGAAAACAUAUUGAAGAGACUUUUGGGACGAUCGCGAACGUGGAGUCUGUCGAGCAGCAACAGGUCGCCGAGCAAACCGGACAACCAAUUAGUGAACAAGCCCCAGCGAUCAGUUUGAAUACACUAUCGGAUGGAUUUGAUCAGAUUAAACUCUCCACCUCUGUUCCUCCCGAAGAGGCUCGCGAGCUGGAGAAGGACCCUGUAUUGGGCGCGUUGAAGCAAGUGAGAUCAGUGCGCGGAGAAGCACGCGUUGAGUAUGGAAAGGUCCAUGCUGCAUUGGCGCCGUUCUACGACGACAUCGUCACAUCUGGGCCAUCCCCGGAUAAUUUAAUAUUCAAGGAAUAUCCGGAUCCUGAGCAUCAAGCGCAAAUACUAUUUCAAUUGCGAUUAUUCGCUAAGUGCGAUACAACCGAAGGUUGGCGGGAAAGGAACGCGCGCCUACAAUCUGCCAUAUCAAUGUUCGAAACAGCCGCUAUGAAAGAAUUUCGACAAGGUUACGAGAGUGAAGAUAUUGACGGCGCGAUGCGCAAAUACGCUCAUGUUCUCUUCACUCUGAACGGCGGAGAUUCCGCUUUAGAAUUCUUCAUCAACCAUAACCACUUGAUAACUCGAAAAUCUGAUUUGGGCAGGGUAGCGGACUGUAUUGACGGCCUGAACCAACGGGUCAAGCUCGAACAUACCCAGGCGUUCUUUACCAGGCUGAGUGUGGCUUACAACGAGGAAGUUUCGAUAAUCAACCGCGCCUUUCCCCCGAACAUGAAUGUUGGACCGGCUUUUGUUGAAAAGGUCGCACAAGACGUGCUAUAUCCAUUCUUGACCGCGAUCUUCGACGAGUUGCAUCGUUCACAUCUUGAAUCAUAUCUAAUCGCCGUCUCGGGGACAUUCGCGCAGUGUCUGAACUUGUCAGAAGCACUCUUACCAAUCCAGAACACAACUGACACGCUUGACGAAUUUUUGCAUCACAUUGUGGCGAAAGUAUACGAGCCUCACAUUGAUCUGUACCUUGCAGAAGAGCUGGACCACUUCCGGAAGAACUCUGCGGCUGUAGUGGAUGAGUGGGAUAGGCAACUGUCAGAGCAGGCCGCUUCAACUGAAUCAUUUCUGAUGUCCAAUGUCAAUCGACAGGCUGACAAGCGUGACUUUUUGACGUCGUUUAAAAAGGUGAUUAUGGCGCCCGUCAACAUUCUCCCCAGCUUUUCGAGCUCCAAGUCAAGCGAAACAAAAUCCGAUCAAGAGUCCGCCGGCAGCGAACCGUCUUCAGCGCUCAAGAGCCCGAACAGGUUUUCCACAAUUGCGUCCCCUGCUCUUACCCCUACGGUUGAGGCCCCUCCCACCACAGAACUUGCAGCUAAGGCUGCCGUCAUGAAGUCAAAGUUGGAGGGCAUCCGGUCUCUGUUUAGUAUCGAAAUCGCUCUCAGCCUAGUUCACUCGGCCAAGUCCAGCCUCGACCGUGCCGCCCAGUUUGUGAAGAUAGGAGGUGAGACUGGAGCGGCGGCCAAACAGCAAUGUGAGGCGAUAUUUGUCUCGCUCUUACGUAUUUUGGGACAUCAACACCUUAUUGUCGGUUUCAACAAAGCGGUCGACCAUCUAUCCAACUAUAGACCUCGUGAACAAGGCGAGCGCGAUCAGGCAGGGGUCGAGCCUCUAGUUACCUUCCUGGAACUGGUGAACGUUGGUGACCUUAUCCUGCAAAUGAUGGAUGUCUUUUACGAGCAAGAGCUUGUUGGGACCAAGAUCACCGAUCGGAACGAUUUUCUCGAUCCUGCCGUGAAGGAAAAGAAGAAAUUCGAGCAGAUCUUGGACGAACGUGUCGCUGCCGGAUUGAACAAGGGUAUCGAUGUCCUGAUGGAGGAAGUGGAUUAUAUCCUCGCGACCAGACAGCAUGCCACUGACUUCAAUCCCGAUGUCUCUACGGAUCCCUACCGAAAGACCAUGGAUGUAGCUGUCAGUGAGGCGGCCGCGGCCGUGGUUGACGUCGUUUCGUCACCUACGCAGAUGCUGGUAGGAAGCACGGACAAGAGCACGCUAGAUGUCUUCAACCAGGAGGUCGGAUUACGACUUUUCACAGCUCUGUGUAAGCAUUUGAAGCGUCAGAGGAUCAGCAUUGAAGGCUCCUUGAAGCUUAUAAGCGAUAUGAACCACUACUUUAAAUUCAUUCAAAGCUUAAAGAAUAACGAUCUUCUCCUCUACUUCAAAGCCUUCCGGGAGCUAGCGCAGAUCUAUCUGAUCGAUCCUUCUGAUGCCAAAGAAUUGGCGACGAUCAUUGCUGAUGCAGAUCGGUUCUAUGGGAUAUGGAGGGUGGAGGAAGUCUACGAGUUCGCCGAACGACGCGCGGACUGGUUCCAGGUUAAACGUGACGUGGAACGCGCUAUGUAUGGGAUUGGGUGUAAUGUUAUGUGAUUAUUCAAUAUGACUAGUAUAUAUGAUGAUAUCGGAUAGACAGGCUAGAAUACCCACAUGGUUAUACGGUCAUCGAUCAACGGAUGGGACGGAUGGCAAUUCUCCACCUUGGGAAGUCCGGAGCUUCAAUUGAUAUCACCG